ACAUUUAAAUGGCAGGAAAUCUAAGCGAUUGCAGGUGGAUUCGUUGCAGUGUUGACCGAGGUGUGGAAACUCCAUUUUAAAACUAACUGCCUACUAGGUAGAUUGCUGCUAUUUAAAGUAUGUAAGAAUUGUGACAAAAUAUUCUAGACAAAACAGGAAACUUCCUUAAUAUAACAUGAUGACUAAACAAUAAAAGUGAAAUUGUUUAAAAGACUAAUGUCAAAAUUUUACUGUCAAAAAUAUAUUUAUUUUUCUCCUUCUUCUUCUGCUUUACAAAAAUGCCAUUCACCGUAAGCGACCACCUGUACAAAUCGUUAUAUUACAGUUAUGGUGCAUUUGCCCGUACUUGUAAAGGUUAAAGGAAAAAUAUGUAGCAUUUGUAAACACUAUUGUGCACUUCUACUUUAAUAAUUCGUAUAAAAUAGUUAUGUUAAAAGGUGUAAAUGUAUAUAUUAAGAUAGUAGAAAUAUAAAAAUGGAUAAUAACACCAUAUCGAACUUGAUAACAAAUUUCUUUUCAAGUGAAGAGCUGCUCAUGAGUGGAAUGGUCCGAAUAGAGGAUAUUUUAGAUAGUGUCCAAUCAAGUUCUAGUUCCGAGUCCUCAUCAAGUUCCGAUGACUCCGAACGAGAGGAAACCAUCAAGGGUGACAAUUUUUGUGAUGUUAUCGACAAUUACAGUAGUAUUGAAUUUAGGACCCACAUGAGACUUCGACGUUCAACUGUAGAAUUUUUAAUUGGUAUAGUGCAAUAUUUAAAAGAAAUAUUCUGCUACUAUAGCCAAAAGCACAAAUCCUGGUGGAAGAGCAAGAGUGACACCCAGAACUAAGGUGUAUUUAUAUAUUUGGUAUAUAGGUCACACGGUAACCUUUCGAAACCUCAGCAGAUUAUUUGGUAUUUCAAAUUCAACAGCUUGGCACAUUAUAAAUACUUUGUCGUCUUGGAUUAUUUCAAGUGGACAUAAAUUUAUAAAGUGGCCACAAGAUGCUGCCGCAACAGAGGUUGAACAGAAAUUUAAGGACAAAAAUGAUAUACCAGGAAUAAUCGGAGUCAUCGGUUGCACGCACAUACAAAUAAAGGCACCAAAUAAUAAUAAAGAAAAUUAUUUCAACCGAGCACAUACCUACAGCUUAGUGCUGCAAGCAGUAGUUGAUCCAGAUAAAAGAUUUACCGAUCUAUCAUGUGGUGAACCUGGAUCGAUGAAUUCAAGCAAAGUUUUACGGAGAUCCAAUCUCUUUAUCAAAGCACAGUUGGAGGGACAAGAAUUAUUUCCAAAGGACUACUUCUUAUUAGGCGAUUCAACUUAUUCAUCAACGAGUUGGUUGGUGUCACAAUUUAAAGACGACAAAUUGACUAUGAGUCAACGACUAUUCAAUAAAUUGCAUUCAUCUACUCAUCUCGUGGUUGUAAAUGCUUUUAGUUUACUGAAGGCACGCUUCAGAAGAUUGCAACAUUUUUCUGAACAAAUGAAUUUAUGUUUUAUGGUGAACAUUAUUGUUAGUGCUUGUGUUCUUCAUAAUAUAUGUAUAGAUUUAGAUGACGUACUUAUUGAUGACUUUAAGGACAGUAAUCUUCAGAAAUUAGACAAUAAUAUAAAAGCAGGACUCAUUGAAGACGAUAUUUAUAUGGAAAGACGCGAUCUACUAUUUAAAUAUUUAAAAGAAAACAAAGUCAUAUAAGGUUACUAAAAUAUUUCAGAAAUUCAACAAUUUACAGAAAUAGUUUAGUUUGUAUGUAUAUAGUGAGUCAAGAAAAUAUUUUUUGAGUAGGAGAUAUUACAAAGCACUGAAUAAAUGGCACACAA